UUCGAAGCGCGACGGUUGCGUCCGUCGGUCGCUCCCUGCAUCGCUCAAAACAAAACGCUUGCAUUUUAAAACCCACCUUGACUUUGUUCGCUAAAGAAAAAAAAAAUACAAAGGGAAAUGUCUUUACCUUGUGAAGAAAAACAAAUAACAACGAUUCGCUUGUACGUUUGAAUUUUAAGUAUUGCCAAUAACCGGCGGAAAUAUACGGACUAUAAUACUGCAUAGUUGUAAGGUGUUCUCGGUACGUGAAAAAGGGACGACUAAGCCUUGUGUGCAGGGGUUUACAUCUCGUCUUUUGCAUAUUUUUUAUUUUUUUUUUGAUAUCUACCUUUUAUCGAUUAAGUGCUGUGCGGGACGUGUAUUGUGUGAAGUUUUUUUCCUUUCUCAAUAUAGAACAAAAACGAUGAAUCGAAUGAAGGAAAGUCACAGACACAGAUUUCUUUGAAAGUGGAAUCGAUAGACAGAGAAAUAAAAGAAAAUCGGAACGAAGAUAACUCUGGGAAUGUUUUGAGGAACGUUGAGCAAAAUAGCGUCGAAUCGUCGUCGAUCAACAUCGAUCUACCUACAUAUAAUACAUAUAUCUAUUCGAAUAUCCAAGUUGGUGGGGAAAGUUUACCCCGCGUUUCAUCGAUCGAUCCGCCGAUUGGAAUACAUAUAUUUAUACCCUGGGGUAUCAACCAUGCUGGACUUUCGGGAACGAAUGCCAAGUGCGAAAAACUGGGCGUCUCGAUGUGUCGUGGUCUCGGUUACAAUCUGACCGCUAUGCCGAACUUCAUGGGUCACGAGGAUCAGAUUCUAGCCGAAAGAGGGGAGACAAGAAAAGAGAGAACGAUGAUGAUGAUAAUAAUAAUAACAAUAAUGAGAAUAAAAAGAGAAGACUCCGCGAGACAGUGCAGCGGCACGGCGGAAAGACAGGCAUCCCGUUGUCUCCGUGAGAGGAGAGAGAGGCUGCAGCGAAGCCGCGGCGGGCAGGUCGCUUGUCACUAACCGCGUUAAUGCCCUUAGUUCACUACAACUGCUCUCGUCAUCUCAAGUUCUUCCUGUGCUCGGUAUUCGCUCCAGUUUGUUCGGAGCACAUAGCGAUGCAGAUACCAGCCUGCAAGCCACUCUGUCUCUCCGUUCGUAGAGAUUGCGAGCCCGCGUUGUCCAGCCUCAAUCUUCCCUGGCCGCAUAUGCUCGAUUGCGAAAGAUUUCCCGACGGGAAAACCGUCACGCUCUGCGUGCAGCCAGUUGCGGAGGAAAUUUUACAGCCGGCUGAUCAAGUGCCGGCAUCGAUACCGUCUCUCCAGCCAUCGAUCCAGCAGCAGAUUCCGCAGCAGUGGCCCGUCGUGCAGUCGGUACAAACAGCUCAGCCCAUAAUACCGGUUCGAGGUAACAACCUGCACCAUCAUCGAUGCCCGCCUCACUUCGUUCAAACGCCUGACGUAGAAACGAUAACCUGCGCGCCUAGAUGCGGUUCCGACGUUUACUUCAGAUCGGAGGACAAGAAGUUUGCCGAACGAUGGAUGAUCGGAUGGGCAUGGCUCUGUUUUCUGUCGACCCUUUUCACCCUCCUAACGUUCUGGGUCGAACCGUCUAGAUUCCGCUACCCGGAACGGCCAAUAGUGUUUCUGGCUCUCUGUUACAACCUACUUUCGGUUGCUUACACGAUUCGCGGCGCGGUUGGUCCGGAAAAUUUGAGCUGCGCCACUCAGGAGAACGGACCAAGCUACGUUCCGGUUCACGACGGACUGCGAAGCAUUCCUUGCACGCUUUGGUGGCUCGCUAGGCAUUACUUGGCCCUUGCGAGCAGUGCCUGGUGGGCUGUUUUGUGCGGAUGCUGGUUACUCAGCGCGAGAAACGAGUGGAGCAGCGAGGCCCUUCACAACAUCGCGCCGUACCUUCAUGCAACGGCCUGGGGAAUCCCCGCGCUCCUUACGGGAGGUAGUUUGCUGUCGCGGAGCGUAGCUGCCGAUGAGCUUACCGGGCUCUGUCAAAUAUCCGACGAAUCCGCACUUUGGCUCGAGGUUUUACCCCACGCGACGCUCCUUCUCCUUGGUUGCAUAUUUGCAAGCAUCGCCGGAGCGGCCCUUGUCCGAGUGAGACGUGCCGUUCGACUUGCCGGAAGAAGCGCGACAAAAUUGGAGCGGCUUAUGACCCGUCUGGGGAUAUUUGCGCUCCUCUACGCGCUUCCGGCGCUGGGAGGCCUCGCCUGCGUCCUUCACGAGUCGUCGGUCAGGCCGAGUUGGCGAACACUUGCUCUGCUGACCGCUCUUGACUGCAGAGUCACACAAAACUGCUCUCCAGGUCCAAGUUACAGAGCUGCUGGUCUGGAGGUCGUCUUCUUGAGAUUGUUUCUCUCUCUCGUAGUCGGCGUCACUUCCGGGAUGUGGGUCUGGUCGGGAAAGACCUGCAGAGCUUGGAGCAGGCUGCUCGCCGCGCCCAGCAAACCGCUUAGGCCACCCGAAGUUAUGCAACCCCUUGGUUACAACAUGUUUCAAGGAUACAAACCUGACAGUGGCAACACGGCGUAGAUACGCAAGUGCGUUCGAUGUUGGUCAUAUUGCGGUUGUUUUAUUAUUCGCGUCACGCGAUGGUGAACCGUUUGUGAACAUUCUUUGACAUUCGAUCAAUUGAUAUAGUUCUGUGUAUAUUUAUUUAUAUCUACUAUGUGUUAUGGAUAUUACAGUGGACACAUUACUGUACCUUAUUUAUGACGAGCAAGAUUGAGCCCUGCAAAUGAACAUUAUGAAUGGAAACAGAGAGCACGAAUAUAUCAAAAUACCGUAUUGCUCCGAAUGUAUGUCAAGGCUAUUUGUCAUUGACAGCAACUGUCAACAUCGUAUCCGUCUUAUACGCGGACCCGUAUUAUGUUCGGGCAACUUAGAAACACACCCUAAAAUACUGUCUAAAAAUUAGAGGUUGACUUACACUCGGAAUAAGACGGUAGUUUUGUCUAGUUCUAUCGCGUACAUUUAAUAUUAUUAUUAUUCUACAGCCAACGAUAUUUUUUGUAUAUACCUUGUAUAAAGUGUAAAUAAAAAAUCUCAUUUUUUUUUGUAA